AUGGCCAACUCCUCAAGAGAAGGCACCAAGCCUCAAAUCAAUCGCCAAACGACGACACCCUUUCACCUAAAACUCUUCUAUCGUGUCAAUUCCUUCCACUCCAUUUCCGACUACAGCAUCCCCGCUCCCUCUCGCCGCGGCGGUCCCGUCAGCGGUCCUAAUGCCAUCCGCGCACCCUCCCCUCCACCAGCUGCUGCACCACUCCCUCCACACCUUGAAAUCUACACAUGGCAAUCAUGCACACUCCGCGAACUCUCACAGCUUCUCACCUCCGCUCUCCCCACAUUACUCCCCGACCCGCCCGUGGGCACUCGCCUCUGCUUCCGUCUAAUCUACCCCGACGCGCGAAGCGCAGCUAUGAUGGGUCCCGAUGCGCGUGGCCGAUACUUGAGCAGAGACUUGGGGAGUGUGAUCGUUGGACCGAGGGAUAGUCCGUACCGCGGGGAUGAAGAUGCAGACGAUCACGCAGAGGCACGACCUCGCGCAGGACCAAUGCGCUUCCAGGGCUCCGAUGCAGACAAGGCUUUGCAAGAUGCUCGCUUCAUUAUCGGUGACUACAUUGAAUGUGCCAUAUUGCCGCCCCUGGAGGAUGGUUCGGUUGCGCCAAUGCUCCGCAGUACUCCCGGUCCACCACCGCCGGUAGGAGGCGGCAUGCGCGCAUUCCGAGACAACGGGUACGGAGGACGAGGUGGUCGAGGUGGUCCCCGUGGAGGGGAUCGUGGUGGGCCUCCUGCUCUUCCUGCGGGCGAUUGGAAACGAGGGGAGAGACUACCAGAUGGAGGCCAUCGAGGCGGAGGUCGCCGGGGUUGGGCCCCAUACUGA